AGUCCCACCUUUCCUGUUAUGUGACGUAGGCACGCACUGCGGCUAUCCCGGAAGCGCAACAACUCGAAAGCUCCAAACAUGACGCCUAAACAGCAACUUUCACGCGUUGCGGCUGCGCUUACCUGCCUGACUUUCCUCCAGACGAUCCCCCCCGCCGCGGCGUACGAUGCCGGGGACGCGUUGGCUUUCCUACUGGGAACUGUCGUGUCCAUGGUGGGCUUGUGUGCCUGCCUGGGAUGUUACGCGAGGAAGCGUAACAGAUUGCUGUGAGGAGGAAAGAGUCGCUCGUUGUGCGCUUCUCCAAAUUGCACUUUAUGCACAUAUGAGAUUGAUGUGCUUGUUUUGGUGUAAAAGCUUGGCUGAAAUCGACUGAUGUGCCUUGACCGGAAGUGGAGAAGAAGCGAAAAAGAAAAACCCGGAAGGACUUCAUAACAUGUUACACUGCUGUCAAAACAAACCAACACUGUCGUUGCCUCAAAUAAAUACUUGUAUUCUACUUAAAAUGUUGAUUUAAUGUUUUCAUCUUUAUUGCAAAGUGCUUGCAAAUCGAAGAAAGCUCCCGUCAAAAUAAAUGCAUUAUGAAA